UUCAAGACAACGAUGGACGAGAUCGAUAUGGAAGAGAAGAUUCUGAUGAAGAAAAUCUUAUGAAUUUUAAUAGGAGAACAUCAUAUGAUAAGAACCUGACGCUGUUACUUGGGGAUAAGGAUGAUCAUAACAUUCCAUUUCCAGUCGAUUCAAACAAUGCACCAGGAUCUAGUAACAAAAUACAGACUAGUAGUUAUACCUACACUCAUCCUCGAUCUUAUGAUUCAUGGGAACAGUACAAAAUGAUUUCACGGCUCCCGAUGCCUGUAACGCAUAAUGUAGCUGAUGAUGGUGUUUCGACUUAUGAAG